CAAAGACCACCUAAUUUUAAUCCGAAACAAGCGCAACCGGCAGCAGCAGCGCGCCGCGGCGGCGGCGGCGGCGGACACAACAGCAAGGAGGAGUGCGUGCGCGCACUUAUAGAUGGGCAACUGCGCCGUGACGCCGCACACCGUGACGUCGUGGGCGGACGACGGCGAGUGGGAUGUGCCGUCGACGGAGGAGGACGAAGCUCCGGGAAGCAGUGGGAGGAAGGAGCACACGGCGGAGGUGACGAUCAGGAUCACCCGGAGGCAGCUGCAGGAGCUGAUGGAGAAGAGGGCCGGAAGCUCUUACGGCCUUAGAAGCCGGCGGUCAGCGGUCCAGCUACUGGCGGGCAUCAUGAACGCCGGGGAGGUCUACCACCACCUCCAACACUGUAGAACGGCGCAGUGGAAGCCCGCGUUGCAGAGCAUCCCCGAGGCCGUGGAGUCAUGACCACGCGCGCACCGCCGUGGUGUUGCAUCGCUUUCGGUUACUUCUUUUGUGCAGUUUCUGCUGAUAGAUCACAGUUAUUUUUGGUGGCCUGUAGUACUAUUCUUCAGUUCGGAUUCAGUGCAACUAUGCAAGGAACGAUGUAAAUACUAGGAUUAGAGGUGACAGACACAAUGAUGUAAAUGAGACGUGC